AUGUUGGAGGUGACAGUAAAAACUCUGGAUGGCCAGAAUAAAAACUACACUGUUCCUGAAGAGAUGACGGUGAAGGACUUUAAAAUAAAAAUAUCAGACUCAAUCAAUAUAUCUGCUGAUAGCCAAAGAUUAAUAUUUCAUGGUAAAGUUCUACAAGAUGAUACACAGCUUAAGGAAUAUGAUGUACAUGGUAAAGUUAUUCAUGUUGUACAGCGGGCACCACCUACAUCACGAUCUUCAACAAGGACAGAGAACUCUAAUACAACCAAUAUGAGAGGACCAAAUUUAAUGGGCAUCCCCAGACCUUCGGAAGUCAACAUUGUCAGAAUUGAUGUAAACAGUGGUCGACCAAGAGGUAACGAUGCUCCUAGAAAUCAGAUUGAGAAUAUAAGACGUUAUUUACGUCAGUUAAAGAGAUUAGUACAAUCUCUAGAGAACUUAGAUGCAAAUGGAGGUGAAGAAAAUAAUGCUGAUGACAGCAUGGAUACUUCUGAUGAUUCUCCCUCGUCAUCUACAGCAUCAACUAGUUAUCAGUCAUCAGCAAGUAAUAACCAGUCAGGAUCAGGCAAUGAUCAGUCAACAUCAGCUAAUGAUCAGCAGGCAUCAGGUAGCGAUCAACAGUCAACAGCUAAUAGUAAUAAUAGAUCAACGAAUAACCCCAAUCAAAACAGAACAAGAACCAGUGUUUUGGGUGAAAUACUAGUAGAAGUAUCCGGUCUAAAUACCAGAUUACAACCAUUCUUAGACAGAUAUAGAGAUUUAUUACAUAGUGAAUCUAAUUUACAGACACAGGAGGCCCAAUCGACACAGAGAAUAUGUAAUUUAGUAUCAGAAGCUCUGCAUGGUUUAAGUCAUGUAUAUCACAGUAUCAGUGAUUUCAUGGUGGAUGUGUCCUCGUCCCAUCCACGCUAUGUUAACAGUACCUUUGGUGUCAGUCAAAUGGCUAAUGUGCAAGGUGAACUGAAUCUCUCCUAUCAAAUCCAGACAUCUAACGCCAACAACCAGCCUGGAACCAGUACAGCUAGCAGCAGUACAUCAACUAGUACUGGUUCCAGCAGUCAAUCUACCACAGCACCACCUACAUCUCUAUCUUCUAGUACUACUACAUCCUUCUCUACCCACACUACACCUUCAGCUGGACCACAGACAACUACUAACGAAGCGGGUAGUGGAAGUGGACUGCCCCCUGGUGUCAAUAUAACAGGUGGACUUCCUCCUGGUGUCAGUAUAACAGGUGGACUGCCCCCUGGUGUCAAUAUAACAGGAAGUGGACUUCCCCCUGGUGUCAAUAUAACAGGAAGUGGACUGCCCCCUGGUGUCAAUAUAACUGGAAGUGGACUCCCACCUGGUGUCAGUUUAGCAGGAAGUAGCAACCCCCAUCUGUUCGUUGAAGUUGGACCACAGAGUAUAACGUUAAACAGCAUCUCAGCACACGUCAUUACAACAUCUCAGAAUAAUGAUGUACCUUCAUCAUCAACAGCUGAAACAGCAUCUGGUACAGAUACAAGUCAAUCAUCAACCCAGACUCCACCCACAACAUCUAGCUCCACCAAUGACGCACCCACCAAUGGAAGCGAUCAGAUGAUGGGUAAUAUCAUACAGAAUACAGUAGAUAUGAUUAUGCAAAAUGUAGGUGUAGGAGAUUUAGGGCAAGCUGUUGCAGUUGAAAUUGAGCAUGUAGAGGGUGACGACAAUACAACGGAUUCUGGCAACACUGCCACUAAUAAUACAACAACAUCUGGCAACACUGCUGGCAAUAAUACUACUUCGUCUUCUACCGCCUCUUCAACUAGCCAGAGUAAUACCGCCAAUAUCUUUCCUGGUCUGCCUCAUGGCUUCAGAUUUCCUGGAUUACCUGCUGGGGGAGGCAAUGUUGGUAUACAAGUUUUGCCUGGAGGAAAUUUCGAUCUUGGUGCUCUGAUGGGUGGAGCUUUAGGCGGUGCUUUUGGAGGAGUCAGACCAAAUGUGCCGAGCGGACAAAGUCGGUUUGGUUUUCAACCUGGAACUAGUACUGAUAAUCAACCGAAUCAGCCUAAUAAUGCAGGGAAUGCCCCACCCAGGAUGCCAGUACACAUGGGAUUACCAGCUGGUAUAAUGAGACGUCCUGCUGAUCCCUUCCUCCCCUGUCAGUCUCGGUUUAAUAUCAACAAUGAACAGAGAGAGGCUGUCGGUCAAGCCAUUGCUACUUCUAUAGCUGAUUUGUUGACUCAGAGAUUGACUCAAGGUUUAAACACUACUGAAAAUAGAGGAGCACCAACUGGCACUCGAUCCUUCACAGCUACAGGAAGACAACCAGGAGCUAAUCAAACUCCAGGACAGUCAGCUCCAAAUCAACGUCCAUUCUCUGUUAGAGUUCAAGGUGUGCCAAUGAAUCUAGGUGGAGCAGCUGCACCGUCAGGAGUUAAUGCAACCUCUAACAUUGGAACGGGUGCCAAUCAACCAGCUGGUACUGACAAUAUGUUUGCUGAACUCUACCGUGGUAUAACUCAACAGAUUACAGCAGCUGCCAAUGGCAAUGAUUCCACAGAUACAAUUUCUAGUUUUGUAGAUAACUUAGCUUCUAAUCAAAAUGUAGUUGGUGGGGAAGGUUUUGUGAAUGAUAUUUUCCGAGUUGUAUCAGAACGAUUAACAUUCACUGAUUUAUUUGGUAUAUUUAUGGGAAGGAGUGAUAGGCUCGGCCAGCUACAGGGACCAUUAAAGGAGUUUCUACAGACAAGAGUAUUAAAGGGAAAAGACUACACUGAUGACAAUCUAAGGAAUGGUAUUGAAGAAAUUAUUACUGAAAUGGAAUCUGAACUUCAACCUGCUAUUGAUUGUGUACAAGUUAAAGAAGGAAUCAAUUUAAUGGCAACUUUUAAGAACUUUUUCCGACAACAGUUCCGUGCCACAAUUAGAUUAAUUCUUAAUUCUCAAGAUGGUGACGUUAAUUUUGGACGUAAUCUAUAUGAACGUGUGAGAAGAUUAUUGGGAGAAUUUGUUGUUCUAACUCCAAUGUGUCUUGUAGAGGGAAACCCUGCCUUUGAGAGAAUGCUCCAAAAUAGAUUGCGAUCUAUGACAUCAUCAAUGAAUUCUGGUGUACAGGAAUGGAUGACAACAAUGACAGUUCAACAGAUACAGAAUUUCCGUCAGUCGGUUGUAGUGAGAGAGUCCGAGGUUCAAUUCUAUAUUGUUAAAUCACCCCAGUCAGCUUCACCAGCUAGUAGUGAUGAAGUACCUAUGGAAGUCAGUUCCCCACCUGCUGCCACUUCAGUUCCUAAAUCUACUGCAGCCAAACCAACUGAACUGAGUAAGAAGAGCAAAACUGAGAGUCAGAAUAAAUCUAGUGGUAGUAGUGGUGGAGCAGGAGUGGUUAAUGGUACAGUAGGAGUUAGCUCCCCUACCCCUGGUCAGACAGCUAAAUCUGGUGACACUGUACCUAAUGGUGAAGAUUGGAGAGCUGUAGUGCCAGAGGAAUGGGUCCCUAUUAUAAGUCAAGAUAUUCAGAGACAGAAACAAAAUCGCCACCAACCACCAUUGAGUGAUGCUUAUUUACAAGGUUUACCAGCAAAACGUAGACGGGUCAUGACUGCUGACAGACCAUCUAACAGUUUAACCAACAUGGCUGAAUUUAUUCCUGAAUCUAUCAGACGUGCUGCUAACAAUCUGGCUAUAGAACCAAUUAGCAGUCUGGAUAAUUUAACAGAGGAGGCGUCCAGUGAUACAGACUUACAAUUAGCGUUAAAUACCGAGUUAAAUACAGUGUUAGUGAAUAGAUUAGAACGUGAUUCAGACUAUAUACCAGAUCGUUAUCCCAACUCACAGCAAUUAUUUCAACCAAAGAAACAGAACAUGCAAGGUCGUAUUGGAUUAUUUUGA